AUGACCCACCUUCAGGAUGCGGUUGCGGCGGUGAAACAAGCGUGGAUGGGUGAUCCGGGGGACGACCGGCUGAAGGCUUUGCUGGUAGAGAAGGAGUCGCAGCUUCGCGGUUACCAACUGGCAAGGCAGGAGAGGCUGCAUGAGAUGGCUGGCAUGAACGAGGCGGUGGCUGGGGAGGUUGCGUCCCCGUUCCUGUCAGGGAAGAUUAAAGCAAGGCGGGAGAAAACGCAGAUCAAGGAGCUGAGUGCUGGUGGUAUGACGGUCACUGACAACAAAGCGAUUCUGGGGGUUGCGUCGCAGUUCUACAGAAACCUCUUCGGGCACGACAGGCAACAGAUUGAGUCGGGCUGGGUACCUGCCGCUGGCAGAACGCUGUCGCCGAUAGCUCGGGAAAGGCUGACGGCGGCUUGGUCGGAGAAGGAGGUGAAAAGUGUGUUUCAUGCGAUGGCGAAGAAUAAGGCUCCAGGAAAUGAUGGGUUGCCGAAGGAGCUUUUUGAGGAGCACUGGGAUGUGCUGGGUAAGCACUUCAUGGCGCUGGUGGAGAGUUUCACCGAGACGGCGGUGCUCCCUGCAAGUACAAAGAGUGCCGUCACUAUUCUGUUGCACAAAAAGGGCGGAAGGGAUGCGAUGGAGAACUAUCGCCCAAUCACGCUGCUGAGCUUCACUUACAAGGUGUUGGCGCGGGUGGUCGCAGACAGAAUGAAAAGAGUCUUGAACGAGGUGAUCUCGCCGGAGCAGUACGGGUUCCUGCCGGGUCGGAGGCUCUCGGAUGCGGUGGGGUUGGUCGCGGAUGUGAUCGACGCUGCUAAGAACGAGCAGGCGGACUAG